AUGCAGUUGCCGGUUAUCGGCUGCACCCCAGUGCUGCCCAGCAGUGCCACCCAUCAGUGCUCAGCAGUGCCGCCAGUCAGUGCCCAGCAGUUCCACCAGUCAAUGCCACCCAUCAGAGCCCACCAGUGCUGCCCAUCAGUGCCACCUAUCAGUAUCCAUCAUUGUUGCAUAUCAGUGCCAGCUCAUCAGUGCUGCCUGUCAGUGCCCAUCAGUGCUGCCUAUCCGUGCCACCUCAUCAGUGCCACAUAACAGUGCCCAUCAGUGCCACCUAUCAAUGCCCAUCAGUGCUGCCUAUCAGUGCCCAUCAGUGCUGCCUCAUCAGCACACAUAAGUGAAGAA